GGGGAGGGGGGGGCAGCGCUCCUCGGUCCAAGAUGGCGGCGGCGGCAGCGAGCGCGGGGGGGGCGGCCCCGGCGCCACGGCUGCCCCCGGCCCCGCCGCCGCCCCGCGGGCCCGCCACCGCCCGCAUCGGCUACUACGAGAUCGAGAGAACCAUCGGCAAGGGCAACUUCGCCGUCGUCAAGCUGGCCACGCACCUGGUGACCCGCGCCAAGGUCGCUAUCAAGAUAAUUGAUAAAACACAACUGGAUGAGGAGAACCUGAAGAAGAUCUUCAGGGAAGUUCAAAUCAUGAAGAUGCUUUGCCACCCCCAUAUCAUCAGGUUGUACCAGGUUAUGGAGACGGAGAGGAUGAUUUAUCUGGUGACAGAGUACGCCAGUGGAGGGGAAAUAUUUGAUCACUUGGUGGCCCACGGACGCAUGGCAGAGAAGGAAGCCCGGAGAAAAUUCAAGCAAAUAGUGGCUGCCGUCAACUUCUGUCACUGUCGGAAUAUCGUCCACAGAGAUCUGAAGGCAGAAAACCUCCUUCUGGAUGCCAACCUCAACAUCAAAAUAGCAGAUUUUGGGUUCAGUAACAUCUUCACGCCCGGGCAGCUGCUUAAAACCUGGUGUGGGAGCCCUCCCUAUGCUGCUCCAGAGCUCUUUGAAGGGAAGGAGUACGAUGGGCCAAAGGUUGACAUCUGGAGCCUCGGCGUGGUGCUGUACGUGCUGGUCUGCGGCGCCCUGCCCUUCGACGGGAGCACGCUACAGAACCUGCGGGCCAGGGUGCUCAGCGGCAAAUUCCGCAUUCCGUUUUUCAUGUCCACAGAAUGUGAACACCUGAUCCGCCACAUGCUGGUCCUGGACCCCAGCAAGCGGCUCUCCAUGGAGCAGAUCUGCAAGCACAAGUGGAUGAAGCUCGGGGAGGCUGACGCCGAGUUCGACAGGCUGAUAGCAGAGUGCCAGCACCUGAAGACGGAGAGGCAGAUGGAGCCGCUGAACGAGGACGUGCUGCUGGCGAUGGCGGACAUGGGCCUGGACAAGGAACGCACGAUCCAGUCGCUAAGAGCCGAUGCUUAUGAUCACUACAGUGCAAUCUACAGCCUGCUCUGUGACCGCCUGAAGAGGCACAAGAAUCUGCGCAUCGCAUCGUCUCCAAGUAUACCACGCACCAUGACCUUCCCCACCUCUGCCAACAUCCAGCCGACAGAACAGACGGGCAAUACCAUGAGCAUCAACGUGCCACAAGUCCAGCUCAUCAACCCCGAAAACCAAAUCGUUGAGACUGAUGGAACAAUGAACUUGGACAGUGAUGAAGGGGAAGAGCCAUCACCUGAAGCUCUGGUCCGUUACCUUUCGAUGCGAAGGCACACAGUUGGAGUGGCUGACCCGCGCACGGAAGUCAUGGACGAUCUGCAGAAGCUCCUGCCUGGUUUCCCCCGUGUUGCUCCACAGGCUCCGUUCCUGCAGGUGACCCCGAAUGUGAACUUCAUGCAGAAUGUGCUGCCUCGGCAGAAUCUGCAGCCCACGGGGCAGCUGGAGUACAAGGAGCAGUCCCUGCUGCAGCCGCCCACCCUGCAGCUCCUGAACGGCAUGGGCCCUCUGGGGCGCAGAGCUUCCGACGGCGGAGCCAACAUCCAGCUUCACGCACAGCAGCUGCUGAAACGUCCGCGGGGCCCGUCUCCGCUCGUCACUAUGACGCCAGCUGUCCCUGCCGUCACCCCUGUGGAUGAGGAGAGCUCCGAUGGGGAGCCAGACCAGGAAGCUGUGCAGAGAUACUUGGCAAAUAGGUCAAAAAGGCACACUCUGGCAAUGACCAACCCUACAGCUGAAAUCCCUCCAGACUUGCAGAGGCAGCUAGGACAGCAGUCCUUCCGACCCCGGGCUUGGGCUCCACACCUGGUACCCGAUCAGCACCGUUCUAUUUACAAGGACUCCAAUACUCUGCACCUCCCCACUGAACGCUUCUCCCCAGUUCGGCGCUUCUCUGACGGUGCUGCCAGUAUCCAGGCUUUCAAAGCCCACCUGGAGAAGAUGGGGAAUAACAGCAGCAUCAAACAGCUUCAGCAGGAGUGCGAGCAGCUGCAGAAGAUGUAUGGCGGGCACAUGGACGAGCGGACGCUGGAGAAGACGCAGCAGCAGCACAUGUUGUACCAGCAGGAGCAGCACCACCAGAUUCUUCAUCAGCAGAUCCAGGACUGUAUCCGGCCACCCCAGCCAUCUCCACCCUUGCAGGCUCCAUGUGAAAACCAGCCAGCUCUGCUCACUCACCAGCUUCAGAGGUUACGGAUCCAGCCAUCCAGCCCACCCCCGAACCACCCUAAUAACCACCUCUUCAGGCAGCCGAACAGCAGCCCACCCCCCGUGAGCAGCAGCGUGCUCCAGACCCACGGUGCUGCUUCCCAGUCCCAGUUCCAAGGGAUGCCAUCCCACAACACAAUCUUCCCACAGUCUGGUAACUGUUCCCCGCCCCCUGCCAUGGGGCUGACGUGCCUGGGCCUGCAGCAGCAGUCGCAGCCUCAGCAGGUCACUAUCCAAGUGCAGGAGCCCGGCGAUAUGGUCAGCAACAACCUCCUGCAAGGUUCCGGGCAGGGAAUGUCCUCCCACACACGAGGAAUGCCCAUCAGCCCCAGUGCCAACCAGAUCCAGAUGCAGCACCGGGCGAACCUGAUGGCAUCCCUCACCUAUGGCCACAGGCAGUUGUCCAAGCAGCUCAGCGCCGACAGCGCCGAGUCACACAGCCUGAAUGUGAACAGGUUUCCCCCUACCAACUACGACCAGGUGCACUUACACCCCCACCUCUUCCCAGAGCAGCCGCGCGUCUCCCCCAGCAGCUACAGCCCAUCAGGAGGAGUUGGCUUUCCUCCGGCUCAGCAAGCUCUGAAAGUCCCCCAGCUUGAGCAGUAUCCCAGUUUCCCUCAAAAUGCACAUCAGCAACAGCAGCACUACACCGCAUCGGCACUACAGCAAGCACUGUUGUCCCCAACGCCUCCCGACUACAGCCGACACCAGCAGGUACCGCACAUCCUCCAGGGACUGCUUUCUCCCCGGCAUUCGCUCACGGGGCACACGGACAUGCGGCUGCCCCAGGCAGAAUUUGCACAGCUCAUCAAACGGCGGCAGCAACAGCAGCAGCAGCAGCAGCAAGAAUUCCAAGAGUUGUUCAGGCAUAUGAGUCAAGGGGAUGCUGGGAACAUGGGCGCCAGCGUGGGACAGAACCUCUCGGAGCGCCAGUCGUUGUCGUUGCCUUAUCAGAGUGCUGACACCUACCACCCGCAGAACAGCCCCCAGCAUCUCUUAAAAAUCAGGGCGCAGGAGUGUAUCCAGCAGGUACCGGCGCCGCACGGAUACGUACACCAGCCGGCCCUGUUCCAUUCAGAGAGCAUGGAGGAGGACUGCGCCUGCGAGGGGGUCAGGGACAGCUUUCCAGACAGUAAGAGUUCAAACACAUUGACCAAAGGUUGCCACGAGACCCCUCUGCUUGUAAACGCAGGAGGGCACGGGGACCCGGAAUCUUUGCUAGGAACUGCUAAUCACGCGCAGGAGCUGGGGACGCAUCAAUACAGACAUCAGCCCGCUGCUGCGUUCAGUAGGAAUAAGGUGCCCAGCAGAGAGUCCAUCGUAGGGAACUGCAUGGACAGGAGUUCUCCCGGCCAAGCAAUGCAGGUGCCUGACCACAACGGGCUGGGCUACCCCGUGCGCCCCGCCUCCAGCGAGCACGCGCGGCCCCGGACCCUGCAGAGGCACCACACCAUCCAGAACAGCGAUGAUGCCUACGUGCAGUUGGAUAACUUGCCUGGAAUGAGUUUAAUGGCAGGAAAAGCACUAAGCUCCGCUCGGAUGUCUGACGCUGUCCUCAGCCAGUCGUCGCUGAUGGCCAGCCAGCAGCUGCGCGACAGGGAGAGCGAGGAAUGCGGGGAGAGUUUGGAAGGUCAAGAGCAUCCCAACCUUGGUGAUGGCAACCAGCAUCUAAACACCUCCUGCUACCCGUCGACAUGUAUCACGGACGUCCUGCUGAGCUACAAGCACCCGGAGGUGCCCUUUGGGAUGGAGCAGGCAGGGGUGUAACCAGGAGGGAGUUUGCUGUACAGCUCUGAAACAAAAAGGUCCAUUUUAAACCAACAGUAUCUAGCAGCAUCGCGCCAAAUUGCCGUAGUAUUUCUGACUAACUGGAAUACCAUGGCCCCUUUCCUCAUAAUCAGUUCAUCCAGUGUGUUGUUCCUUUGGUUUCUUUAAUUUUGGCCAUAUUUGCGUGUAACUCCAGCUGUCACAGAAAUAACCUGAGUCCUACACGUCGGCAGAGGAUUCCCAGAGCCGGAGCACUGAGUCUGGUUUGGAGGGCUUGGCACGGCUAGUGGACGGGACUGAUGCCUCCCUGGAGCCCGCCCUGGCGGGGAGCGGAGUUGGGGGUCCGAUGGGAUCCCACCUCCCCAGGCAGCUGGAGGCUAUGCUGUCCUUCCACCCCGAACCCUUUGCACUGGGGAGGGGGCCCAAAGUGAGCCGGGGCGAGGACGCUGCCGGCCCGGCUGCGUGGCAGCACAUCCCGCGUCCCACCCCGGGGCUCCGACCGCCCGGCCAGCCCGCGGGGAACACCCCCCUGGUGCAAUAUGCUUCUUGUCUCACCUUCGUCUGCUUCUGUUCCCUCUCCGUUUGUCAGCGUGCAGAAAGGACCCCCACCCCCCUCGCCUUUUCUUUGCGAAUCCACAUACGACUUGGGGUUUUCUUUUCCUUUUUCCUGGCUUUAACGUAGGGAAGGCGGAUUUUCCUUUGUUUCCUCAGCUUCUCCUCCUGAUCCUGUAGGAAUUGUUUUUUGGUAAAUGUUGUUUUAUUAUUAUUGUUAUUAAUAAAAGGCGAAAGGAAUUUCUGUUUGAGAGAGAUUUUUAACUAGAUUCUGUUCUAUAUGAAUUGUGAUUGCACCUUCUGUUCAGAGUAUUUUAUUCCCUCCGAUGACGUUGUACUUGUGACCGGGUUUCUCUCUCGUGCCAGUGGCGACAGUGCUGUUCUCCUUUACACCGUUCGGACGUGCGUAGCUCUCUUCCUUGUCCUCCUCUCCAUCCUUUCUGUGACGGAUUGAGUGCAAAGCCCCCGCCAGCCGGGGCUCGGGAGCACUCGGGGUCAGCCUUGUCUUUGGGACUUCACCAGCGACCGCUCCCGUCCUUCUUAGGGACACUUUUCUGGGAUAUUUUUUAAUAAACAAGGAAAAAAAAAGCACCCCCGCCCUCCUCAAUUUGCACAGAAGGAAGCGUGGAACCAGCACGGCAGAGGUGACUUUGCUAUCCUGACCCGUGCCUCUUCCCGGCCUCCCCUUUCUCCCCUGCCCCGAGGAAGUGACGCCAACCGGCUCUGCCAUCCCGAAAACCAGAGAGGAGGCAAAAACUCCGGCAUCAUCCAGGAUGGCAUCGUGGCAUCUUUGCCGGCCGUCCACCUGAAUUCCUCCCUUGGGGACGGGGACGUGGGAAGCCGGGCAGGGCCGGAGUGGGGAACGCUGCAGCCUUUCGCUCCCUCUCUUUGGUUUGGUUUCCUUUUGUUUACACGACACUGUAUUCCUGGGAGAGUCAGCAGCAUCCGGAACAGCAGGGACUCGCUCCCCCGUGCCAUCUCGCAGCAUCACACUUUUUUUAUCAUCGCUUUGUAUUGUAGUAAUCAAUACGCGCAGUAUCUGUUGAAUGUAUAUUAAUAUACUUUGCUAUUAUUUCUGUUUUUUGGAAAUGUCAGAAGUAUUUUUUUUUUCUUCCUCAUUUAUGUUGGACUAAAAAAGAAAAAAAAAAAAAACCCAAACAAAAAAGAAGAGUUUUGGUCAAUCUGCAGUCCAUUUUUUUUGUGGGUCACUUGCAACUCGUCAAUUAGUUGGACAGUGGGAU